GCAUAAAGGAUACGUCAGAAAACGCAGAAAACAGAGAAAGAGGACACCAAGUCAGAAAAAUUUUGUGUCUUCGCAAAGCAGUGGUGGAAAGUGAACAUUAUUUUUAAACAUUUUGCUUCGUUCCCGUAAAAUUGGUUGCUUUUUCCCAACUUUUGGGAAUCUAUACGAACGUGUUACUAUUACCGUUUAUGCUUGAAUCGUUGAUAACAGGAUUAUAAUGGUACACCAAAGUGACGCAUCAAAUAAGGACUUCAUUGAACAAUAGUUCCAUCUGGUGGUAGACAUUAAGGUUUGGAAGGCCCUUCCAACGACACAGGAGGUCACAUCUCGCGCGUUUGACCAACAAUAUGUUUAAUAUGCUGCCCUUUUUCGACGAAUCGGAGGAAUUUCUCAACAGUUGGACGUUCGGGUUUUUGGCACUGAUUGUUGUUUACUUUGCGUGGCGUUCGACGUACGUGCGGGAGGAUCGACCCAGUUCCCAGACCGCCGUUCUAGUCAUCGAUAACAACCUGAGGCGAUUGAAUCGGAUUGCGCAAGAACCGGUCACUAUCAAUAUUCUUCGCAGCUCAUCGCAACAGUCCAACAUCUCCAACGUUACCGAAACGGAAGAAUUGGAUCUGGAAAACGACAGCAUCGCAUCGUCGAUCGACAACAUCACACAGUCCAUCCUCACAGAGGCAUCGGAAUCGGCCACCGGUUUGGACCUCAGCGAUUCCGAAACGACAUACCCCAAUCCCAGCACAUCGGGUGUCGGCGGUGGUGGACGCCGCAGCUUGGAUGAAGUGGAUCUCGGUCCAGAGGAAAUAAUACGCCAAAUGGAUCGCGACCUAGACGAUGCACCCGCAUCGACGUCCGGUUUGGGCCAAAGCAGCGAACCCGCAAACGGUUUGAGAAACCGUGGUACUAACCAAACUACGCCGAACGAAGGAUCCGAGAACCAGAUGGCACCACUGAGAAAUGAGACAACCAAACCAAAAGAGCAACCACUAUCGAAACAGAUUCGCAUCAAAUUGAAAUAUCUGAACGACGAUUCCAAGCUGGUGGAGGGCAAUCUCAACGAGGGGGUUGGAGAAUUCAAAAAACGUAACUUUUCCAUCGAGCUCGCUGCCAAGAAGCUCGUCCGGCUGGUGUUCAACGGUCAUGUGUUGCAGCCGGAUACCAAAACGUUGGCCGCGUGUGGGCUAUUCGACAAUUGUGUCGUGCACUGUCUGAUACAUAAUCCCAAGCCUCAGAUGGGAACUACGGGCGAGGGUAAUGGCACCGGUUCCGUUACAGACAACGGCGCAUCGGAUGGGAUGGGUGGUUAUGGAGUCGGAGCAGGCCUCACUGGAGGUUCCACUGGACGGGAAAAUUCCACCCGUUAUGGCACCUACUUCAUCUACAUCGGGACGUUUCUAUUCUCGGCGGCUAUUUCUUAUUGUUGGUACUGUCGAUUCCACUACGGGCAUUUGUUCAAUCUAAACUCGACCAUCGGACUGAUUGUCACCACUACCAUAUUCUUGAUCAUGAUGCCGACGAUAAUUCUGACCGAUAGCAACAGUGCGAAUUAGGAUAGCGAUUAGGUGGUGAGUUUAUCCGACCAGAUGUUCUUUUUAAAUUAAUAAAUUAUCUCAUAGUUGUUGCCCGGAAUGAUUAUCCGAUGUGUACAUAAUCCCAAAAAGUGAUCAUUUUAUAUAUAUUGCUGCAUUAAAUAGUGACACAAGCUCCCUCCCUGAAAA